AUGUCACAAAGUUCAAUUAUUACGCCACUUACCAAAUGUACAGCUUACACUGAUUUAGUAGUUUACAAUAGCAUCGUUCAAACUAAUAGAGUAUUCGCAUCAUUUGAUAUACACAACUUUGACAAAGGCUUCAACUCUAGAUUCAAUGUUGAUAGAAAUGAAAAAGCAGGUAUCUGUUGGUUAGAUUAG